UCCGGUGACAACGGAAAUGACGUCAGUGCCAUGUUUAUUAGCUGUAGCCGAAUGGCCGGCGCUAAAAUAAAGUUGUUGUUAUUAUAAUCUGUUCAUUUUUACGCGUAUUGUUCAGAUAGUUACAAAUGGCAGAUCCUGCAGUGGUAUCGGGAGGGUCUCUGAACUCCGGAGGGCGUGGUGGCAGUAAAAGUACAUCCAGCCCAGCAGAGAACUACCACCUGGCUCGUCGUCGCACCCUGCAGGUUGUGGUCAGCGCCCUUCUCACAGAAUGCGGCUUUGAAAGUGCAGAGAAGGCAGCAGUGGAAACACUCACUGAGAUGAUGCAGAGCUAUAUAAGUGAAAUUGGUCGUUGUGCCAAAGCAUACUGUGAGCACACAGCCAGAAGUGUACCUACCUUAUCGGACACCGUUAUCACGCUCAUUGAAAUGGGUUUCAAUGUUGACACUCUGCCUGUGUAUGCCAAAAGAUCACAAAGGAUGGUUAUAACUGCCCCUCCUGUGACCAACCCUCCUGUAACUCCUAAAGCAUUGGCAGCUGGACAGAAACGUACACACCCACCUUACAUCCCCAGCCACUUCCCAGAAUUCCCAGACCCUCACACCUACAUCAGAACACCAACUUUCAGAGAGCCUGCGUCAGAAUACCAAGUGGUGAGAGAAAAAGCAGCAACUCAGAGAAGAGACGUGGAGCGAGCACUUACGCGCUUCAUGGCAAAGACAGGAGAAACUCAAAGCCUUUUCAAAGAUGAUAUCACUGCCUUUCCAUUGAUUGCAGCACGGCCAAGUGUCAUCCCUUAUCUCAGCGCCCUCCUGCCUUCAGAGCUAGAAUUGCAAAGUCUAGAGGAGACGGACUCUUCCGAACAGGACGACCAGACCGACAGCGAAAACACAGCAGGAAACAUCAUCACUGAUGAUCCAAGUGCUGAUAAGGAGAACUCCAUGCUUCCUCCCAGUGGAGUCGUUCCAUCUGCAAAAGCCAACGAGGAUAAUAUGAUUGACAACCCAUACCUCCGGCCAGUCAAGAAACCCAAAGUGAGGAGGAAGAAAUGAAAUGGGAUUAAUUUGACUAGAACUUACAGACUUAUCUGCCACAGUGUUUGGUACAUUCAGCUGUCCAGUUUGUAAAAUCCUCCACAGAGAGGUGCAGCACAGCCCUGAAGCUUGCUGCAACCCGGGACCAACAGCUGUUUUGCUCAGUGCUGGGGGCCACUACUGCUGUUGACUUUGACUGACUUCUAUUGAAGAUAGCUUCCAUUUGUUCUAUUACUUGUCCUUUUUUUCAGCAAGCACGAGCUCCUUCUGUGUGAAAUCUGUCUGUCUGAAUUAUUUUGGAAAAAGGAGGAAUUUUUAUGAAUAAAGAAAAACGUUUCUUUUUUUUA